GCCCGCUUCCGGGGCCGUGCUCGUCAGGUACGCGGGCUCUCGCGGUCUGCGCUCCUCAGGGCGUGGUCAUUUCUGUAGCCAUCACUUUCUUGACAGUGUCCAAGUGCCACGGUAGAGCCCGCUUCCUCAGGUCCCCUCGGUGGCGCAAGGAUCCCCCAUGCACCUAGCCGGGGGCGUGAUCACCGGAAGGCCCCGCCCCAUCUGUGACGUCCGGGUGGCGCGCGGGCCGGCUGUGCCUGUGGGGAGGGCCCGGACCAGUUGACGCCUCCAGGCCGGGGCCGCCUCCCGACGCCCACCUGCCGGCUUCUCCACCUUCCCCGAGAAGCGGCCGCGACCUCAGCCUCUAACCUACCGGGCGGAUCGGAGCGACGGUCGGGAUGGUACUGCUGGGCUUGCUGCAGUCUGGCGGCUCGGUGCUCGGGCAGGCGAUGGAGCAAGUAACGGGAGGCAACCUGCUUUCCACGCUGCUCAUCGCCUGCGCCUUCACGCUCAGCCUGGUCUACCUGUUCCGCCUCGCCGUGGGCCACAUGGUCCAGCUGCCUGCUGGAGCGAAGAGUCCACCAUAUAUUUACUCUCCCAUCCCAUUCCUUGGUCAUGCAAUAGCAUUUGGGAGAAGUCCGAUUGAGUUCCUGGAAAAUGCCUAUGAGAAGUAUGGACCUGUGUUUAGCUUUACCAUGGUGGGCAAGACCUUCACUUACCUUCUGGGGAGUGACGCAGCCGCCCUGCUCUUCAACAGUAAAAAUGAAGACCUGAAUGCAGAAGAGGUCUACGCCCGACUGACGACGCCCGUGUUUGGGAAAGGAGUUGCAUAUGACGUGCCAAACGCAGUUUUUCUGGAGCAGAAGAAAAUAUUGAAAAGUGGCCUUAACAUAGCCCACUUCAAGCAGUACGUUCCUAUCAUUGAGAAAGAAGCAAAGGAAUACUUUCAAAGUUGGGGAGAAAGCGGAGAAAGAAAUGUGUUUGAAGCGCUGUCUGAGCUCAUAAUUUUAACAGCUAGCCAUUGUUUACACGGAAAGGAAAUUAGAAGUCAACUCAACGAGAAGGUGGCUCAGCUGUACGCAGACCUGGAUGGAGGUUUUAGCCACGCUGCCUGGUUGUUGCCAGGUUGGCUGCCUCUGCCAAGUUUCAGGCGCAGGGAUAGAGCCCAUCGAGAGAUCAAGAAUAUUUUUUAUAAGGCCAUCCAGAAACGCAGGUUGUCAGGAGAACCAGCUGAGGACAUUCUUCAAACUUUACUAGAUUCUACAUACAAGGACGGCCGUCCUCUGACAGACGAUGAGAUAUCAGGGAUGCUGAUCGGACUUCUGCUGGCCGGACAGCACACAUCCUCCAGCACCAGUGCCUGGAUGGGCUUCUUUCUGGCCAGAGAUAAGCCACUCCAAGAAAAAUGCUACUUAGAACAGAAAGCAGUGUGUGGCGAGAAUCUGCCUCCCUUGACUUAUGAACAGUUGAAGGAUCUGAAUUUACUUGAUAGAUGCAUAAAAGAAACACUAAGACUGAGGCCUCCUGUAAUGACCAUAAUGAGAAUGGCCAAGACCCCUCAGAUUGUGGCAGGGUACACCAUUCCUCCAGGACACCAGGUGUGUGUUUCUCCUACGGUCAAUCAAAGACUGAAAGACUCCUGGGUAGAACGCUUGGACUUUAAUCCUGACCGCUACUUACAGGAUAACCCAGCCUCCGGAGAGAAGUUUGCCUAUGUGCCAUUUGGAGCUGGGCGUCAUCGUUGUAUUGGAGAAAAUUUUGCAUAUGUUCAAAUUAAGACAAUUUGGUCCACUAUGCUUCGUUUAUAUGAAUUUGACCUCAUCGAUGGAUAUUUUCCCAGUGUUAAUUAUACAACAAUGAUUCACACCCCAGAAAACCCAGUAAUCCGUUACAAACGAAGAUCAAAAUGAAAAAAGGAACAAGGAGCCAGUGUGGAGACCUCACAGCAAGCUGCAGCGUGGCCGAGAAUGAAGCUCCGGAAACGGCUUUCAUGCUGUACUGUGUUUUAAGUGUGUGACUCUGAAAGCCAGUUUAUGAUUUUAAUGUUUUAUUAACUCGGUGAUUUUUAUUUUUUAUUUUUUUGUCAGACCUAAUGGCAUUUGAAACAGUUUGUAAUAGUUUUGAUAGAAUUUCAGGGAAGCCAGGUUUAUGUUAGAAGUCCUUAGGGGAGUCUCGGUAUCCAGCUGAUGAUACAGAAUGCAAAAUCCAGGUAAUUAACUUCAAAAGCACAACAUUGCCACAGGGAGGAUUAGAACAGGUUUUGGAAGUUUCAAAGCCUAGUCAAAUUCUACAAAGACAAUGGGUUGUUCCUGUAGUUGGGCCAUUUCUUUGCGGAAACAUGUGAGAGGGUAAAGGUCCAGUUCCCUGUGAAGUUUUAGGUAGAAGCAAACACUGUUUAGAUGGUGUGACGUGUCCUUUGAAACGUUAACUGAAAGCACUGCUCCAGGAAAUUGGCAGCCAUCUUGGGCCUUGUCUUGAUAACCUGAUUUUGUAAAUAUAAUAAAUACUAAAGAGUGCUUAGGUAUGUUACUGGUUCCAGAAGGUCACAUUUUUGUGAAAAUACAAAAUCAAAUCCUUAUGGGAUUUUUUAUUUUAAUUUUGAUCAACCUUUUUUUAACCGUUAGGGAAGUUUCAUUUGUCAGACUUUUAAAAGUAUGAUUUUUUUUUUGAGAUUAGUGAAUUCCGGCCUUGAGGUAGUGGAAUGAGAGAUGGUAUCAUUGCCCAUAUUCUGUGGAGGCUGUGCUCAGGAGCCAACAUUAUAACCAGGGCCCAACUCUGUGACAUGCCUAUAAUCUGUAUUAGCAGUCGAGAUAGCUAUGUUGCUGGCUGUGGUGCCGCACACCUGUAAUGCUAGUACUUGGGGGCUGAGGCAGGAUUGAGAGUUACAGGCCAACCUAGGCUACAUAGCAAGACUAACACCCUCCCCAAAAUAAAACCUUUUUUUUUUUUCUUCUAAAGUAUGUGUACUGGCUGGUCUUAUGUGACAAUUUGGCACAAGCAAGGGCCAUCAGAGAGAAAAUGAGUCUUAGUUGAGGAAAUGCCUCCAUGAGAUCCAGCUGUAAGGGAUUUUCUUAGUAAUCAAUGGGAGAGGGCCCAGCCCAUCGUGGGUGGUUCCAUCCCUAGGCUGAUGUCCCUGGGUUCUAAGAAAGCAGGCUGACCAAGACAUGAGGAACAAGACAGUAAGCAGCACUCCUCCAUGGUCUGCAUCAGCUCCUGCCUCCAGGUUCCUGACGUGCUUGAGUUCCUGUCCUGACUUCCUUUGAUGGUAAACAGCAGUAUGGAAGUUUGAGCUAAAUAACCCACCCUCACCCUCCCAACUUGCUUUUUGGUGAUGGUGUUUCUUUGUAGCAACAGAAACCCUAAGUGUGUUACAGUUUUAAGAGGCUUUUGAAGACACUUUGAAUGAAGACCCAAAUCUCUGCUGUUAAAGGCUUCAUGUUAAAAUUCUCUAUGAGAAAAUUUUCACUGGUCUCUAUUGAUGGAUUUGAUGUUGUGCUUCAGUAAGUACAGUUCAAGAGGUUUGGGGAUUUGGAAACUUACAUCCUACUUGCCCGAAAUAGGCUCCCUUUAGUUACUUAGUUACUUAGGUAAGUCAGUCUCGUUAUCAGUGCCCCAUGAGAAACUGAGUAUUUCCACAACAAAUUACAAACGCUGCUCACCUCUCAAAGUAUGCUUGUCUCUCCUCUUACUGUAUGGUUAUUAAAUUUUUAUGUUAUAAAUGAUACAUUUGGUGUGUUAGAUUAUAGCCUUGAUUAAAGUUUGAUGAUUGUUUCUGGUUGACAGA